AUGUGGCAGGAAGAAAUGAUCGAAAUCAUCCGACUUGUGGCCAGCACGAGACCUUCUUCAGCUCAGGUAACAAGGGACCUCCAUCGGAGAAACCGAAAAUCGUUCCGAAAUGCAACGAAAAUGCUUCGGAAACUCAAAAAUAGUUGUUUUAAGAUAGUUGAUGCGUUUUUUCCAAUGAAAAUACCAUUAUAAAUUUUAUAAAAUACGACUUUGAAACUUGUGGUCGCAUGUAGAAUGGCUCAACGCGUCGCGUUCGCGCUGCGUUCAUAGCUAAAAUUUUAACUUAUGGAUCUGUAGCGUCGCUAUUAUCAUAGCUCCCUCAAAGAUGGUAAGUAUACUCUAGUGAUCAAUUCAAUGAUUUUUCCCAAAACUAAGUAAAAUUACUUUGAACACGUCAAUAAGCUUUCUCAUGUCCCCGUGCGUAAAUUGUUUUGUGGUCGGGUGCAAAUUUCGAAAAAAAAGUUCUUCGCAGCUGUUGAGCCAUUCCCCAUGCAACCAUUUUAGUUCAAAUCGAGGCGAUUUCCUUUUUUGACAAAACUUUCCAGGAAUCCCGAGAAGUCGUCGAGAAGAUCCAGGAUAUGAAGGAGUCGAUCGAAAUGAAGGCCGAUAAAAUCGUCGAAUUGAAGAAAAUGUCGUCAGGUUCAAAAAUUAGAGAAAAAUGAUACAGUAACCUUUACAGUACCCGCCUUUGUUGAGAGGAUCGUUAAUGUUGAAGAACGGCAGAAAGUCAUCAAGAAUCUGGUCCAAGAACUCGAACAGAAGGUUUUUUCAAAAAAUGCUUAUGGUUAUUAAAGGAGCAUAGAAAAGUUUCAAAAAAGGUCUCGAGACGAAAACUUUUUUUUUUGACACCACAAGAAAACUUUGAAAUCUUUUCAAUUUUCAGUUCGAAGAGCUCACUCUCAACAAAACCACAGAAGAGAUUCAAAUGUGGCAAGAGGAAAUGAUCGAAAUUAUCAGACUAUUGGAUAGUACCCCGAUGCAAAGUGUACAGGUAACUUCUGUCUACAGUAAUCUUCAAUUGAAGAUGAUUGAGAAAAGAAUGUCAAGGGGUCAUUUAAGGAUAACUCCUUAAAGUUUUCAAGGAAGAUUUCCCAGUUUUUUUUUUUGGGCGAAUUCAAGUGCCUGCUUGAGGGUAUUUACCUCGAGGGCCAAAAUUCAAGGUGUUGAAGUUCUGAAUGUAGUUCUCUCCAGUUGGGAUUGACAAACGGCAAAAAUACUCAAGUUAUCACUUAAAGAAAUCCUAUAAAUCCAAGUGGUUACUUAGGGGAUCUCAUUCUUGGUAACCUAUUGAAUUGAGAUGAAAAGUCAAGAGUAAAAUUGGGAUUUCUCUCUUAAGUGGACAUUUUAGGGAUCUGAAUUUGAGCUUGAGCUUAGUAUGAACACAACCAGUUUCUGAAGUUCUACGGGGAAAUUUAUGAAAAAUUAUUGAGCGAAUUUUUUUUAACUGAAACUUCUGGGAAGAGCUGUAGUGGGUCCUAAAGGGAAUUUAAGAUUUAGAAAAUUCUAUAGGGAACGCAGAAGGGAAACCUUCAGUAGACCUCUAUAGGGGGUUUUUUUUCUCUCUAUAGGACUCACUUCAGCAUUUCAAAGUAUCGGUUUGAACACAGAAUACAUUUUAUAAGUUCCCUUUGAACCUUUUUUCCUAGGAGAGCAAAGAACUGCAAGAAAAGGUGGAAAUGGUGAAAAAAUCGAUCGAAACCCAGCAGCCGAGGAUCGACGAAGUCGUUGAGAAAGUCACGGGUUUUCCUCAAUUUUUGAGAUUUCUCUGAAUUUCAUCUUGCAGACGAACGAUGGCGAACGCAAAUUUCUCAAAUUGUCGACCGACAGCAGAAUAUUCGGCAAAUGGCCGAUAAACUUGAACAAAAAGCCAAAUCAGUCACUGUUGACUUGCACUAUCAACAGCCUUCCUCCACGGUCGAGCAGACCAAAACCGUCGAUUUGACGUCUUUUGAGAAGACGGAAAUCACGCUGACCCCUGAGGAAAAGGUUGGGAAAAGUUAGGAAAAUAAUAAUAUAGUCUAAUCGUCGCAACUUGAACAUUUCUCUCUCGGCCAGGCUCUCAUGCUCCUUUGACCUUUCCGGAGAGAGAGAGAAGAGACCAAGACAGAUAAAAGGCUUGUAAAAUCUGUAAAAUCUAGAAACAAUAGAAAAACAUGUUGGUAUCAAAUUGGCUAUUUAUUAUUUUGCUCUUCUUCUCUUCGCGGAUCCCACCUAAUCUACUAACAUUUUAGUCUAUGGUAGCCUCUCUUUACGGCAAAAAAAAAUUUUUUUGAAGUAAUCGUUUUUUCCCAAAACCUUUUUUUAUUCUAUUUGAAAAAAAGACAAAAAGGAAUGGGCCGAACCGGGGAUUGAACCCGGGACCUCUCGCACCCAAAGCGAGAAUCAUACCACUAGACCAUUCGGCCGACAAGAUCGACCCGAAAGCUUUUCGUGGAACAGGUGCGCGACUUUUGUCGGCCCCUUUUUCGGACAAAUACGGGCGAGAAAUGGACUUCCAAGGCGGUUUUGAAGAGAACCUUACAAUUUCUGACAAAAAAAAGAAAAAAAAAAUCUUUCUUCGUUUCUUUUCACGGUUUUUUACAUAGUAAGAGGAGUGUUACGAUUUUGAUUGACGGCUAAUUAGUUUUUUUCAAAGAUUUUUAUAAAAAUGGGGUUUCUUUAGAAAGUGGGAAAAAGGGAAGAUUUUCAAGUUAAAUGCGUUUUCUCACACGGCUCCAUUAUUUCAAAUGUUCUCUUCUUUGCGCGGAUUUUCUGAAUUUCAUGAAAGUUUACACGUCGCACGAGACUCCGCUGUGUGCAGCGAAGCCAGGCAGCUGGUUGACCGCAAUGUGGACUGGCGACUGCAGGCGGCUGAGUGGUCUAGUGGUAUGAUUCUCGCUUAGGGUGCGAGAGGUCCCGGGAUCAAUCCCCGGCUCAGCCCUUACUCUUUUGCCAUUUUUUAUCCCUUUCAUUUUUCCUCUUUUCAGCAGGAACUGCAAACUUUGAAGCGAAUCAUCGAGGAGAUUCAAAUGUGGCAGGAGGAAAUGAUCGAAAUCAUCCGCCUUAUUGAGAAAUCGCCACCGAGAACUAUCCAGGUUUGAAAUUUUUUCGGAAAUUUGUAGUUUUCUAACUUAAGGAAUCGGAUGACCAAAUCAGGAGGGUUACUGAAAUCCAAAACACGGUUGAAGAACAGACGGACCGAAUCCAACAAGCGAAAAAGUUCACCAAAGGUUUUUUUUAUUCUCAUCAAAAACUCAAAAAAGUAUUUUUCAGAUGAAACUUUCAUCGAAGUUGUUGAGGACACGGUUCAAAGACAGCAACUCAUUCAGCAAUUGGUUCGAGAACUCAAUGAAAGGGUUAGUUUUAGUUUUUCCAUAGAACCAUCAUGAAAAUAGACAAAUUUUGAAGGGUAUUUUAGAAAAUGAAUUUUCAGGCGGUGACUCAAAAUCAAGUUUUCCAUCAGAAAGAAACACGGAAAAACGUCCAAGCGCCUCAAAUUUUGACCCAGUUGAGAGAUGCCGAGGUUUGAAUGUCUUUUGAAAAGUCUUAAUGGAAAAAAAAACGGUUUAAAAUCGACCAAUUAAAAAAAAAUGAGAGCUUCUCAAAAUGGGAAAUUGAGACUUUUGAAAAAAAAAAUGAAAUUUUAAAGAGUUUGAAUGAGAGAAUCACAGACACGAACAAAGUAAAAUGAUGGAAUCUACCUUUUUUCCUAAAUUUGCGAUUUUUUUUUAGGUCGAUGAAGGAAGCAGAUUCGAAUUUACCGCCAGAAUUGAGGGAGAACCGGAACCGGUUAUCACGUCGGUUUUAUUCUCUGAACAAUCAAAAAAAGUUAACUUCCAAAUUUGUUUGACAAUCGAUGAAAUAAAAAGCCAAAAAUUUUUUUUCGAAAAUUAGAGAGCUCUCAACAAUGAGAGAGUUGGCGUUUCUCUUUCUCUAAUAGCCCUCUUGUCCACCAGUGCUCUCUAGCUUCGAAGUGAUCCUCGGACUUUCAGUUGGCUGAAAGACGGCAUCGACGUGAAAAGCAACAUCGACUACCGACAGGAGUUCAUCAACGGCGUCGCUUCUUUGGUUAUUGAGGUCGGGGAUCGAAUUUUUCCUUUUUUCAAGUUCCCUUCUUUGAUUCAAUCGUUCCUUUCACUAGUCUCUUUCCCAAGAAAUCGUUCCUUUCCCAAGAAAGGUCAAAAGUAAAGACCUAGAGUUCAUUAAUAAAUAAGUCUUCAAAAAAAUUCUUCCAGAGCUUUUUUUUGUAGAUUUUGUCAGCAAAGUCAUUUUUUUACAAAAAGAGAAUAGAAGUUUUUGUCAAAAAAAGACUAGUAACUAUUUCCCUACAAAGCCGAGAAGAGGUGCUUGUUCAUAGAAAAAAAUUAGGCUCGGAGAAUAUUUUCGGAUUUUUUUAAAGUUAUUUUUUUAUUCUCCUUCCCAAUGUUUUCAAGUUACCGCGAUAAUAUCUCGUUAACUCGCCUAUUACAUGACGAAUAGAGGGAAGCUCUGAUUUCAGGUCCGAACUCAUAAGAAAUCAAGAUAAUUAAAAAAUGUUUACAGGAAAGUUUCAUUGAAGACACGGCAACUUACACGGUCCGGGCGGUCAACGAAGGCGGGAAGGCGGAGAACAGCGCCAGAUUGAUCGUCAAAUGUGAGAAAGAACAGAAAGAGAGUAGAAAUUGAGAAAACAGGAAGGAAAUUGGUGAAAAAAUACCAGAAAUUAAAAAUCUUUCGGGAAAGUGCGCUCCAAUGAACUGGGCUCGGUAACACGAACCGGACUCGGACCUUGGCAGGCUUGUGCGUCAGGCCGGGCGGCCCGGGUCGGCCUGGCCCGGGCUUUGGGCCUACAAUUUAAAAAAAAGCCUGCGCCGGCUCGGGCCAGGCCGGGCUUCGAAAGAAAUCUUAAAUUUAAUUUUUGAAAAAAAUUUUACGGAAAAAAAUUAUUUUUUUACUUGUUAAGUCAUAGUUUCUUAUAACUCUAUGAGAAAAAAAUAAGCAAAAAAAUACCACUUUUCUCGUUAAAAAAGCGAAACAUUCAACUUGAAGAGAAUUUGAGUUUUUUGGGUCGGGCCGGCCAUUUUUGCCUAAGGCCUCCCUAGGGCCGGGCCGGGCUGGGCUUGCGAAGUGGCCGGGGGGCCGAGAGGUUGACGGGCCGGCCCUCGCACAAGCCUGGACCUUGGUAACGCGAGUCGGACGUGUCGGAGCAUUUCUAGUGACCACUUUAGUAUCGUCAAUUUUAUCCUUAAAGUUAUUCAGAAACCUUUGAGGCGCUUCCGCUUUGCGUUAGCAAGGUCCAAAGAAUUUUUCGGAAUGUUGUGGAGAAAUCUGAUUUUUCAGUGAAUUUUGUUGGACGAAUCCUUGAGGGAAAUGCUAAAAACGGAAAUUUUUCAACGGAAAUUUCAUUUUUUCUUGUAAAUAUCUUGUUUUAACUGGUACUUUCAUCGUUUAUCUGUUUUUAAUAGGUUUAUCAAGAGAAUAGAUCAAUGAAGGAACUAUGUAUUCAUUAUUUCAGAUUUUCUUCAAAAAAUCCAUUUUUGAAUCCUUUUCGAAAGUUUCUUUUUACCCAGUAAAAAAUUCAGCUUUUUAGACUUGUUCCUUUGAGUUUCUUUUUUUUUUCCUGUUUGUUCUGAAAAAAAAUCAUUUUUCAGCUCGAAGUGCUCUUUCUUCGACUAUUGCUGACGAGGAUAAGCCGCGAUUCGUGAAACAAUUGCAAAAUGUCCAAAUUAACGAAGGACAGACGGCUCAUCUCGAUUGCGUUGUCAUUGGAAAACCUGAGCCGGAAGUUGUGAGUUUUCCAAUUUUGUGAGGGUAUCAUAUCAUUUAUCAACUAAGUGUAAAUUUUUUCGGCGAACAUUAUCUUUCAAUUUUUUUUGCCAUGUUCAAAGUGAUUCCGCGAAAUGCAAAAUGGUCGUCAGAGAAAGAAAAAGAUAACUAAAUUUUGGAGAGUCCGAUCAUUUUGCAUUUCGCGGAAAUUACUUAGAACACGGCGUUAACUUCAGGAAAAAAAAGUAUUUUUUUUAUUUGAAUCUGAUGCAAUCCGCUUUGUAAAAUCUAGAAACAAUAGAUAAACAUCAUAUCGGAGCCAAAUUCUUAAUUAUUUCGCUCUUCUUCAGUUCACAGUUUCAGUUAAUCCACUUAAUCCACUAUUCAGUUUAAUCUAAAGUGCUCUCUUUUCUUCUUCCUUCAAAACAAUUUUUUCUUAGUUUUUUUCUGUAGCAUUAAAGUAGUUUUUUUCUAAAAAAAUUUUUUUAAUUCUAUUUUAUAAAAAAAUAGUCAAAAAAAGGGAUGGGCCGAACCGGGGAUUGAACCCGGGACCUCUCGCACCCAAAGCGAGAAUCAUACCACUAGACCAUUCGGCCGACAAGAUCGACCCGAAAGCUUUUCGUGGAACAGGUGCGCGACUUUUGUCCGCCCUUUUUUCGGACAAAUAUGGCCUGAGGCAAGAAAUGCACUUUCAAGUCGGUUUUUAAAAGAAGCCCAUGUUUUUGGACGCAAUAGAAAAGAAGAGAAUGAUUGUCCUUUUUAAUUUCAAUUUCGACAUUUUUCUGUUUCUGAAAGUAUUCAAAACCUGAAAAAAAAACUUUUUUCACUGUCUUGUCUAUUCUUAUUUCAAGUAAAUAAAGAGUCUUGUGUAGAUUAUCGUUGGUUUUUAUUUAAGAAAGAUAUAUUAAAUUUUGUUUUGUUUAUCAUUAUUUUGCACAGUAGUUAAUUUCAUUGAUGAAAAAGACAAAAAAGGAAUGGGCCGAACCGGGGAUUGAACCCGGGACCUCUCGCACCCAAAGCGAGAAUCAUACCACUAGACCAUUCGGCCGACAGAUUUUCUUCGAGGCUUUUCUGUGGAGACACUUUUGGAAACAUCGCCUCGGGGCAUUGCGCAGAAAAGAGAGAGUGAGUGAUCGGAGAGACUCCAGAAAGUCAGACAAAUAUCGCGAAAAGUUCACACUUUGCAAUGGUCAGUGGUCAAGCGGCGACUUGUUCGCGAUUGAGCUUUUUGAAAUUUCUAUGAGUCAUGGUCUAGUGGUAGAUUGCUUGGUUAAAGUGGGAAGGGUCAUUGGAUCGAGUCCCUUCGAGAUUUUGCUUUUUUAGGUAUGGUACAAGGAGCAAACUUCGGUGAUUGAAGACGAAAGGAUCCAUUUGCGGUACACUGGCGAUCACUGCCAAAUGAUUAUUGAUCAAACUGGUAGAAUUUCAAAAAAGAAUACGUUUAAAAAAUUGGUGUUUUAGUGCCCCAGGAUACGGGAAUGUACACUGUAAAGGCGAAAAACGUCCAUGGCGAAGUCGCGAAUUUCUGUCAGCUCAAGGUAUAUAAAUUUAAUUAUUCUAUGUUCCUUACUGCAAAGAUUAAAAUCGCAUCACUUCCAAUAAAAUUAAAAAGAGAUUUUUUUUAAAAAAUUUUCUCAUAGGUCGCACCUAAAAAAACAAGCUCCUCCCACAGCUCCCAAGCCGGUCAGUCGACCUCAAUCCGUAAUAAAAUAAAACUUAAAAAUAAAUAAAUCACUGAAAUUUUGAAGAUUCUCAAAAAAUCGCCUUCCAUCCAACCGGCACUUACAAAUACAACGUGGCAGGAGGGCGAGACGGCAACUUUGCAGGUUUUCAAAUAAAAAAAAAUUAGAGUUUUAGGUUCAUAUUUUCAGGUUUAUACACAAGGAGAACCGCGCCCAAGUGUUCACUGGAGGUUCAAUGAAACGCCUGUGACGACUUCUGACCAGAUUUACAUCACUGAAAAGGUUGAAAAUACAGCAAACUAUCGAGAAAAAAAUGGAGAGAAUUUCGGAAAGAAAAUUUUUCACAGUUGGAGGUGGAAUUUAAUCCAACACAUAUUUUUUAAAAAUUAGAAAACGAUUGGAAAAAAGAAAUAAAUAAAAAAAAACAACGCAAAAAUAUGUAAUGAAAUUUUGUAUUUUACGACCAACCAUGGGUCAAAUACGAUAAAAAUAUGAUUUUGAAAGACAGUAAUUUUUGUAAGACAUCCGAUAUCAAGGGAAAAAGAGCGUGAAACAGAGUCUGAUUCCAAAAAAACACAUGAAAAAUGAAAAAAAAAUAACAACAAAACUUGGGUGGUAUGAAAAAAACACCAGCGAUAAUUCAAACGGCGACUUUUCCGAUUUUUUCAUAUCGCUAGGGAACUUUCCGACGGCCACCUUUCCGACGAAUCUUUUUCCGACUUUUUUUCUCGAUAAAUCUUCGUUUUAAAUAUCCCUAUAUAAAGUAGGUAGUUGGUUAAUGAUUAAAACACAAAGAAAUAGAAAAAAAACAAUGUUUAUAGAUGUCUUAUAGACCGAAAAACAUAAGGGAAAAAAGUCGGAAUAAGGAUCCGUCGGAAAGGUGGCCGUCGGAAAGUUCCCUAGCGAUAUGAAAAAAUCGGAAAAGUCGCCGUUUGAAUUUUCGCUGGUGGUUUUUUCAUACCACCAAAACUUGAGAAAGUUAAGUAAAAAAUAAUUUUUUUGCGCGUAAAGGUACUGUAGCUCUGUUCUUUUGCGCCAGCGUAAGCUGUUUCGCGUGUUUUUAAUUUUUUUUUUUCCGAAUUCUCUUUUUUUUGCUUUUUGAUUUAACUUCGUUUUCUUUUUCAAAUACGGAUUUUUUCAGGAAGAUGGCUGGUCGAAGCUCACGAUCGAAAGAAUCGAGCCGAUUCAUGCCGGCAUGUACACUGUGAUCGCUGAGAAUGAAGUUGGAGAAGCUGUGACUGGGGCGACGGUUCACGUCCAGCCGAGCUUCCAGAGAAGCACAACCACGGAGAAUUAUUUGCAGGAAGUGAGCCGAUUUCAGGAAAAAAAAACAAUCAUUAUUCCAUCGAAAACGCCGAGAAGAGUCAGUUUUUCAGAUUUUUUUGAAAAUAAGUUUGAAGAUAAAGAAAUUAUUACUUUCCCAUAUCCAAGUGGACUUUGAAAAGUUUAGAAAAUAGAAAUUAUCAUCAUUUUCUUUUGCGAAGACGGUAAGCACACUAUCUUUGCUUCAACUUAUUUUCGAUUAAAUUUCUUCUUUUUAUGUAAGUUUCAAUUAUACGACUGUACUAGAAAGUUUUUUUCCACUGUUUUUAUGGUUAACGAUGGCUUUCCUUCGCAUCUUAACCAAUACUUACGGUUUCGGAGUGACAAGAAAUUUGAAAUGCUCUUUGUUUUCAUGUUGCAGCGGUUUCAAUGACAACAGAAAUGAGCAAAAAACAUUUAUCAACAUUUUCGCAUUUUCAAAGUACUUAUAUUUUUUUCCUGUUUGAAUAUGUUUAAGAGAUAUUUUUUAACUUUGUCAUUUUCAACUUUUUAAAUCAGUUUGGGAAGAGUAUAUGGAAAAAAAAAGAUAUUCGAUUUUUUGUUCUUUUAUCAGAAAUAAGGUUCUGGCCAGGAUUUUAAUUUUAGCUCUCUGUCCGAUAAUGGAAGAAAUGAGGAAAAAAAAUUAUUAAUCACAGUGAAUUUUCAGCUCUUUUGAGAAAAUGGAAGAGUAGGUCUGGUCUAUUAAUCUUUAGUGGAAAAAUCUAGAUUUUUUAAAAAAGUUUUUGAAGUUUUUUAGAAGUUUUUGAACUGCUAGUUCUAUAUAUAAAUGUCCGAUUUUUUUUUUCAAUCUUAUCAUUUUUUCAGGAUGUCAACGAAAGAAUUGGCCAGCCGGUACAGUUGACCACCAUUACCAAGAGUUCUUCCGAAUAUGAAGUUUGAGGGAAUGAAUGAAAAAAUCAUAUAAAUAAUUUUCAGACGAAGGAAAAAGUUCCAUUCCCACAACCAAGAACUCCCGCUUCGAUUACAGAGGACAAGCGAUGGGUUGAGGUCAAAAAAGAAUUUGGAAUUUAAAAAAAAAGGGGAGUUUAGGUGAUUCAAGAACACUUCGAAGAGCACAUGUCCCAGCCAUCGCCCGUCAUGUCCCCGAUUCCUCAAGUCACGGAGAGAAGGAAGAUCGAGUCCGAACAGAGAUGGGUCGAUGUGAGGAGAAUUGAAAGGAAUUUAAGGAAAAUGGAUUUUUCGGACUGUUUGAGAAGUUUACUGCUAUACUUGGGAACUUCAGAGUGGUCCUUAUAGGGGCAAUCUUAGAGACUCUUGAAGGGUCCCCCUAAGUAACACUUUACCGGCCCCUAGAGGGGCCACUAAAGCUUGCAAAGAGGUCCCUAUAGGGUUAUAAUUAGUGCCCUCUUUAGGGACAUGCUAGUUGACAACUUUUAUGAACUCUAUGCGAAAAAUUAAUUAAACAAGCGUUUUCAAAUGAAAUUUUAAGGCCCUUAUAGGGACCACUCAAACUUUAGGGCCGAACUUUAAACCCCUAUAGGGACCACCUUGAUUUUAACACCAUAAUGACCACUUUUUCGGCCCCUAACCCCUGUAGGGACGACUCUGGGAUAUGCUUCCUUUUCAAUCAACUUUUCGAAUUAAAUUUAAUGGUUUCUAUCUAGAAAUCUAUUGGAAAAGGGGAUUUUUACCAGUGGGAAUCGAAAAAAAGAACAAGAUCAUUUGUUCGAAGUUUUUUUUUUCUUGUAACUGAGAUGUUGUGAUUAUCGCAUCAUUAUGCAAUUUUCAUUUUCAAAUAAACUUGAAACAGCCAGUUCUUAUUGAAAUGCCUUUCCAGAAAAUUGAUGAAAUCCUGGCGCCACGACAACAGCCCGUGGUAGAGGUGAAAGAAACGAAGACGACUACCGGCGAAGAACAUUGGAGUUCUCAUGUGAUUAUCAUUAAAGUCUUUAAAACGGCAAAAAAGAAAAAAAACACGGUGGGAUUCGAUCCAUUGACGUCUCGAACUCUAAACAAGCACUCUACCACUAGACCAUGAGUCAUAGAACUUUCGAAAAGCGCAAACGCGGACAACUCGCCGCUUGACCACUGACCAUUGCGAAGUGUGAACUUUUCGCGAUUUUUGUCUGACCUUCUGGAGUCUCUCCGAUCACUCACUCUCUCAUUUCUGCGCAAUGCCCCGAGGCGAUGUUUUCAAAAGUGUCACCACAGAAAAGCUUCGAAGGGAAUCUGUCGGCCGAAUGGUCUAGUGGUAUGAUUCUCGCUUUGGGUGCGAGAGGUCCCGGGUUCAAUCCCCGGUUCGGCCCACCCCUUUUUUGCAGUUUUCUUUCUUGUUUUUGUUUCAUUUAAAGCAGAAAUAUGGAAUAUUUCUUUAAAGAAGGAUUUUUUAGCGCGUCCAUGAGCCUUCUCCCAAACCACAGACCUUCACAACUUCUCAAACGACUACCAAUGUCUCUCAUAUUAGCGUAAGAUGAUCAGAAAACGUAUUGCUUCAUUUAUUUAAUUUUUUUUUAGCAAUCUCAUGUUCCCAUCCAGCCAGAUAUCCAACACACGACGACGACUUCUGAAUCCGUCAAAACGAUGAAUAUCGCGGUGAUUUUUGGGUUUCAUUGAUGAUAGGAAUCGGAUAAAGUUGCAUAUCAUUGAGCAGUUUUCUGGAUUCAAAAAUUUUUAGAAAUCUGGGAAAAGUCGAGAUUAUUUUGAAGGAAAGAUCCUUUUUGUUCAAGUGAUCAUAGAAAAAUUGCUAGAUUUUUUUUCCGAGUUCAAAAAUCCACCAAAAUUCGCAAAUAAUCUGAAAAAAAUAAAUAAAAGCUUGUAGUUUCAAAAAAAAUCGAAUCGAAUAAAAUGAAGUAAAUAAACUCUGAAACGCCGAAAAAUUUGAAAAAAUAAAAUUUUCUUGUUGUAAAUCACUGAAUUUUUCCAGUUUUCUCAUCAACCAUUUAUCAAAUUUCCUCACGAAAUGAAUUUUUUAAAACUUUUCGAUCUUCUUAGUUUUAAAAAUUCGGAUCAGUCUUAGUAUUUUCGGAUAAAAAAACAGUAAAUUAUAGAAAAUCCGGCAAUCGCCUCAACCAGAAGUCCAUGAGGCGAGAACAACUCCAGGACCGACGUCCGAACAUGCGGCGGUGAGCUGAAAAAAAGAGAUUUAGAAAAAAAUAUUCAUUAUAUUUUUUUUAUAAAAAUUUUUUUGCUGGAAAAAAAGGUGGAACUUGAGAUUUGAAAUUUUGAGACUUUGUGGCCGAUUCACGGCUAGCUUGGGAGAAAAAAAGGCGUGGCCUUUUUUAUCGUGUCAGGACCCAUUUUUGACGGCUGAGGCCAGAAUCAGCUAUGCUUCUCAAUCGUUGAAAACUAGAGAGCGUUUGAAAACGAGAGGUCUUUUUUUCUCUGAGCGCUCUCUUGCUUUGAAGUGCUCUCUAACCAAAAAGCUCGAAAGCUUGAAUAUUCAGGAAACGGUGAUUUUUUUGAAACAAUUUUAGGAAUUUGAUGAAAAGGCCUUUCAAAUAUUAUUUUCAUAUGGAACCAACUCUAGAAUAUUUUGAAAGUCAUUGAGGUAUUCAAGUAUUGCCUGUGGAACUGCGAUACAAAAUUGUUUAUAUCUUCAUACUUCUUUUUGAAGAAAUAUUUCAGAUAAUCCGAAUUGAAUAAAUCUUUUCAGACGAUUCGAAAAACGCCAGUUCGCGAAAUGCAGCAAGCCACACUCACCAAAGCUCCUUCCCUGGAAAAUGUCGCGGUGAGAAGGAUUUUUCGGUCAAAAGAUAUAUUGGAAAAAUUUUUUUGUAUGAGAAUGAUGAGAUUUUUCCAUCUGAACCUGUACUUGAAAUCUUUUUUUUUACAAUUUUUUGGGAGAGAAAAUCUUCCUAUAGACUUGGUAGGCUUAUUUUCUCGUUAAAAACAUAAAAAAAUUUUUUUUUUAUUUCACCGCGGUGGGUAUUUUUUUUCACAGAGAAUCUCAAUGUUUCAACAUGAAAUCUUCAUUUUUCUCUCACAGAUGGACUCUUUUUCACAGAAAAUUCGCCAAUCGCCAGUUCCCGAAUCCCAUCGAUCCGUUAUCACCAGAAGAUCACCUUCAGUUGAAAAUAUUGCGGUAAAUUUUGGCAAAAUGACAAGAAUACAACUAUCUGCUCAUAUUAGACUCGUAGGAAAAUGGAAAAUUUACGGAUUUCAAAAGGUAAUAAGACUAGUAAUUUUUUUUAGCAGUUACGGUUUACCAAGUUUUACUGUAGUUGGUUGGUUUGAAAGUGUUUUGUUAAUGAUAGUGCUGAAAUUUUUGUCUUCAUCUAGACUUUAAUAAUUGUUUGAGCGAUUUUUUAGAAAAUUUCAAACCGAAAAGUAAAAUGACUUCCCUCGUGGGAAUCGGAUAUAUUCCAUAGGUUUAUCGAAUAGUUUUCAGAAAAUCCAACCAGCCACCCAGCAACCAGAAGCCUACACGGCAACCACCAGCGGAGCUCAGCCAGUUGGAAAUAUCGCUGUUAGUUUAAAAAAAACCCAAUGAAAUUUUUAAAAGUUCAUAUAAGACUUUUUCUCAACUCUUGAAUGAAAUCACAAUUUUGGUUUAUAGCCUGCUAAAUUUUGAGUAUCUAUCUCUUUUUGAAUAGAAUUUCUCGACGUCUAUUGAUUUAACAGAAGUUUUAUCCAAUAUUUACCCUGUGAAAAAAAUAUAUAUAUAUAUAUAUAUAUUCAUUUGUCAAGCAGGCUCCCCACAAUAGGUUUCAGUUCCAAAAGUUUUUGUUUAAAAAAAAUUAUAGAAACUUUUUUUUUCUCUUUUAGAAGUGUUCAGAUGUCCUAUUUCCAGAAAAUCCACGUCCCGAACGAACCGGAGCGUUACGGAACACUGCGAACAGCCCCGAAAAUCGACAGAAUUGAUGUAAUUUUAUUCUGUACCGUAUCGAAAUUUCAGCCCGUUGUUAUGAGCGUCAUUGUAUAAUUUCGCUACCUGGCGACUUCAAAAAUUUAGAAAAAAACCCCCCAAUAAGAAAUAUAUUUUUUUCUUUCAAUUAUUGAAGUGAUCCCUUGAAACAGUGACUUUUUGAGAGGAACACUUUUUUUAAAAGAACCCUACUUUUUUCAGGAUAUUGUCGAAAUUCCGCCGGAAGAGCUCGUCAAACGAACGAUCCGAACCACUACGGAAAUCACAACGGAUGCUGAUGUAAUUUUCUUGAAUUUGAAAAUUAAAAACCGAGAGCCAAGCCUAUAGAUAGAUACCGAUUUUUUCACGCUCAAAGAAUCUUUUUCAACUUUUGGGAUUAUUUUUGAAGCCGUCGGAUUUUUUCCUCAAAGCCUGCUUCAAUUGGAGUAAUUCCAGAAUCUUGUUCCAUUCAUAUGGCAAUUUUUUCAAUCAAAAAAAAAUUUUCCAGUGGCUGCUAUAGUGUUGAAAACCCAUUUUCGUGGCUUUUCACCUAAGAAUUUUUCAUAGAAGGACAAAUGGACUUACCAAUGAAUAUGAAUAUAUGUUUUUUUCAGCAAAACAAACAAGAAAUCGCGCAAAGAGAGCCGCAAACUUCAAGAACUGUGACGGAAACAAUAAGUGGCGAAGGAUGGGUUCAGGUGAUUUUUUCUUCAUUUUUCAUAAAUUUAUCGAACUUUCAGCACAUGCACCAAGACCUCUCGGCACCCGAAACUUCCACAGUGACCGUGAAAAGAUUGGAUGUCGAUGAAUCCAGUCAUAUUCAUCAACAAAAUGUUGGCUUUGGAGCGUUUAAAAAUUGGCAAAAAUGAUGAGGGCUGAGCCGGGGAUUGAUCCCGGGACCUCUCGCACCCUAAGCGAGAAUCAUACCACUAGACCACUCAGCCACGACGCCGGCAGCUGCAGGAUUGUGGACAAGUCGCCGCUUGACGUGUGAAGUUGAACUUUUCGCGAUUUUUGUCCGAUCGUCUGCGUCUCCCCGAUCGUUCAAUCUCUAUUUUCUUCGCGAUUCCCUAAGGCGAUGUUUCCAAAAGUGCCUCCACAGAAAAGCUUCGAAGGAAAUCUGUCGGCCGAAUGGUCUAGUGGUAUGAUUCUCGCUUUGGGUGCGAGAGGUCCCGGGUUCAAUCCCCGGUUCGGCCCAUUCCUUUUUUGACUUUUCUCGUUUUCAAAAAAGAAAAAAGAAGUUAUGAAAUCAUGUUUUUUUACUCAUUCAAAAUCUUCUCCUGAUCUUGAAAAAAACGUAUUGUUUACAAACCUUCUUUGUAUUUGUAGGAAACGUUAUUUCGUCCGAGAACUUUCGAAAUCCCGCCUAAAUUCUUUUUAAAAAAACUUCAUAAAUUGAUUUUGAUUUUACUUCUUGAAAUUUUUUUCGCGAAGGUAGAAUUCUGACCUCAUUAGUUAUAAUGAAUUUUCAGCAGCAAGCGCAACCUCAAACUCGCGUUUCUACUACCAAAACCGAGGAAGAAGAGACUCGAAACUUGGAAUCCAGAAUUCCUAUCAGGCAAGAACCGAAAACUACAAAAACCGUCACGGAAACGACCAGUGGCGAGGGUUGGGUACAGGUGAAAUUUAAUUUUUCUUUAACUUAGCUCAAUAAUUUUCGAUUUCCAGCAAGUCCAUCAAGACCUGGUCAAUCCUCAGAAUUCUACCGUCACUGUAAAACGACUGGAUAUUGAGGAGGAUGAGAGGCGAAGAAUUGAGGUAUAGGGAAAAGGAUUUCUGACUCGAUAGAGAAAGUUAAUGAAUCUUGUUUUCAACUUUUUCCAGAGGUAUUGUGUUUAUGAUGAUUUUAAAAGCCAUUUUUCAAAUUUGGAAUCCAUAGUUUUCAAUGUAGUCUAGUGGUUUUCAUAACUCUGCUUUUAAAAGGAUAUUACCUUUAAAAAAACCUACAAACUCACGCUCUUGUUAAUAUUUGGAAGAACACACUCGUUUUUAAAGUCACUCAAGUAUGCCCUGACUUCUGAGAGUGUGUUAGGGAGAUUCAGUGUCGGGUUCCAUUUCACUCACAAUUAAAAUAAUUUUACUUCGCGAUUGAGAGUUCUCUGAAGUUUGGCCAAAAAAUUUCAAGAUCUUGAAAGUUCCAACCAGCACAACUCUCUACUCAGGCAAAUCUUCAAAAGGUGUUGGCAAGGUAACCAGCAGGGGGUUUGAAGGUGAAUGGUAGCUAGAAGGUCUUGGGAAGGGUUCCGAAGGUAGUUGGAAAGCCCUUUGGAAGGUAAAAAGGGUAAAUACCUGUCAGAAGCUUCCCAGAAACCUGCUGGAGUGCUGCAAGAAGGCUUCCAACAGCCUUUUUUCUAAGUAGAACGCGUUUAAAAGCUAUAUGGAAAGCAUUUGACCAAUUGCUGGGAAGCCUUCUGAAGAACAGAAAGCAGAAGCCGCAAGUUUUACCUGAGUUUAUCUUAGAAGAGGACGCCUGAAAGACUAAGAAGCUCUCAAAAUCUAUUAAAAUGGACUUUGGGGUUUUGAUCCCUCAUUUUUCGAGAAGUAGGAAGUUUUGAAGGUCUUUCAGGAUCUCCGUUUUUUUGACCACACUUCGGGAAUAUCCCAACCGCAAAAUGAACUGUUUUUUUAUAUCCUGUGAUUCGUAUAUUUGUGCUCGACUAGAAUAUACAAAUAGAUGAAAAUGUUUCCAGCAACAACUGGCUCAACCUCAACCUCAAACUCGCGUUUCUACGACCAAAACCGAAGAAGAAGAGACGAGAAACGUCGAAUCUCGAAUUCCCAUCAGACAAGAACCGAAAACCACAAAAACCGUCACGGAAACGACCAGUGGCGAGGGUUGGGUACAGGUGAAAAUUUAAUUUCUCCUUAACUCUGCUCAAUAAUUUUUUAAUUUUCAGCAAGUCCAUCAAGACCUGGUCAAUCCGCAGAAUUCUACGGUCACUGUGAAACGACUGGAUAUUGAGGAGGAUGAGAGGCGAAGAAUUGAGGUAUAGGGAGAAGGGAAUGAAGCUUUUGGGUCAAUAGAGAACGUUUUUGAAAAAAUCGCAAAGAAAAUUUUUCGUAUACUUUCGUUUCUUAGCACCUUUUUUUGGGGUGAAAUCGAUUUUUCCUCAAAUCAGCUAUCAAUCAAGAAAUUGAUGCGAAAGUUUCAGAGAUUUAGAAAAUAACUUUUAGCGAAAAAAAAAGUGGUUUGAUCGAAUUUUGACAGAGGAAAAGCUUCCAUAAGCGCUUUUUGGGUCUGAUCUGAUAAAAAUUUUCAGAAAAAAAUUUUUUUUACGAGAUUUUUUUCAACUUGAUCAAAAAUCCAUUAAUGGUUUCACAGUUUUUUUGAAUUUUUUUCUUGAAUUUAGUUCAAAAAAAUGGAAGGGUUCUUUUCUUACCAAAAAAACAAAACCUUGAUCUGUUCAUAGACGCAUCCUUUAUGAACUCAAAAAAGAAGCUCUUAGAACCUUUUUGUUUGAAGAUUUCAGUAAUCAACCAUAUCAAAAAGAGUGAGGUCUAUGGGUCAAUGAUGAGUCCCUUUUGACAACCUCCAUUCAAAAACCGAAAAACGAAUCAUAUUCUCAAUAUUUUGAAGCAACAACGGGCUCAACCAAAAACGACCAAAACUGUCACGGAAACGACCAGUGGCGAGGGAUGGGUACAGGUAAAAAUUUGAUUUUGAACACCUGAGGAUUUUUCAAUUUUCAGCAAGUCCAUCAAGACCUGGUCAAUCCGCAGAACUCUACGGUCACUGUGAAACGACUGGAUAUUGAGGAGGAUGAGAGGCGAAGAAUUGAGGUAAAAUCUGAAGAAAUCAACUAAAAUUGAAGUGUGAAAUGGUUUAGCUUUGAACAAAAAUGGCACAAUUCGUGUUAUAAAAUGAAAGGGACAGUUUUAAGGAUGAGUUAAGAAUGUAAGAAGAUUUAAAAAAAUUUAAAAAAAUCAUUUUUUUAAAAUAUCAGUUCGUUUUAACUGCGCAUCAACGAAAAUAGCUGAAAAGUGUUUCAGAAUGAAAAAAGGAAGUUGAUAUUUGAAAACUUAUGUUUUUUUGUGGGUCGUUCUUUGUAUUUUUGAGGAAUGAAUUUUACCAAAAGCUCUGAUAGAACUGGAAACUUUUCUUGAUUCUCUUGAAUUUUUAUUUUAUCGAUCUAUGCCAAAAAUCACAUAGACUGUAGAUUUUGAAAAACUAACAGCAGUUCUUUGAAGUUUGUUGCAAUACUUUGGGCAAAGUCGGAGUUGUGGAUAAUGGCCGCUAAAAGAGAGAGGUUUUAAAAAAGACCGCAGAAAGGCAGAAAAAAGAGUUCCUUUAUGGAGCCUUAUAUUUUUUUUAGGGAUUUUGAAGGCUCAAGAGAGGGUGGAGAAAGGGAGAGGCAGCAAAAUUGGUGCAAAAGAGCCGACAAAGUGGGCAGCAAAAGGAGCCUUUCUCACCCUAAAAGGAAAAUUUUCAUAGAGCUUUUUUUCCACCCCCUCCGACUUUGCCUAUGUACGCACCCUGUAGAUUUUUCAAACCAAUAGAAAAUAAUUCCGAAAAAAAAAGAUUUCUAUCAGAUCGCUCGCCAGCAACAGCUUCAACUGGAGAAACGGUUGAGAGAACAAGAAUUGGAAGAAUAUGAACUGCGAAAAGAAUCGCGAAUCCCAGUGAAACGAGAGCCCAAAACGUCGAAAACUGUUACGGAGACCGUUUCCGGCGAAGGAUGGGUUCAGGUUUUCCAGGCCUUUUUUCACGAAAAAAUGAACAUUUUCCAGCAAGUCCAUCAAGACUUGAGAAAUCCCCAAAACUCGACGGUCACUGUAAAGAGACUCGGAAUCGAUGAAGAGGAAAGAAUUAGGAAUCAGGUAGGCGAAAAAAAGGCCUCAAAAAAAUCUAGAGCUCAUUUUUUUUAUCCUAGAAAGGUGUCAAAAGUUUCUCUUGACCUCUUUUUUCCAUCUUCUUUUUUUUUUCUUCCAAAAUAAGUAGCCAAGGGAAGUUUUCCAAAAAUUUCUUUUUAGAUCCAUCUGUACUUUGUCCGUGUUUGAGGCAAGUGCGCCCCAUGGACAAAUCUUAGAAUUUGUUGAUUUUUAGAAAAAUUCAAGUUUUACUAUAUUUUCUCAAUACUUCUGUGCUAAUUUGAUUGAGAAUUAAUGGGAUCAGUUAUUUUUUUCAAUUUCAUUUUUGGAAUUCUGAUAUUUUCUUUCGUUGGAAUAUGCGCAUUUCUUUAAGGGAUAAUGGUGAUUUUUCAAUUAGUAACUUUCAAAUAUUUUUUUCAACAGUCCUGGGCUCAUGUAGUUAAAAUAAAAAAACCGUUUUUUUUCAAGUUCAAAAAUAAUGAAUAAUGGAGCAGAAAAAGCAAGAUUUUAGUGAAAUUUUCCAUGUCUUUUUUUCCAAGAAAUCCAUUUUUACUUAAUUUUAUCUUCAGAGAGUGAGUUUUGAAGUGAGUGUGAAAAUAGGGUUUUUUUUUGAAACAGAAAAUGUCUGAAUCUUUUUUUCUGGUCAAAAACUAAAUAACUCGAAAUAUUUCCAGCAAAUAAGACAGCCAACUCAAGAGCACACUUCAAGACAAGAACAGCACGAACAGAUCGAAAUGCGAAAAGAUUCGAAGAUUCCGCUGAAAAAAGAACCCCGACCCAUCAGCAUGGACUCGUCGGUCCGCCAACGGGACAGCUUUGUCUUGGUCGGUUUUUUGAAAAAAAAUCAUAUUUUUUAUAACUUUUUGAAAAUCGUUCAAGAUUUUGUGUUUUUGAAAUGAUCGAGGACUCGAUUCAGGCCUCGGAUGUGGAAGGGUUCUGGACGGACGGCGCCUACACGGCUUCUCCCACUCCUCCGCCGGUCCCACCUCACAGAACGACCGCCGAAGAUAAUAUGCAGAGAAUCGGUUUGUAAAUAUCUUCAAUUAUAAUAAUCUUAAUCCCGAUUCAAAAAAAAAGAACGAAUGAUCAAAUGAAAAAAAUAAUGCGGAUAGGUCGAAAGAAGAAAAAGUGAGAUUUUCCAAAAAUAGGCUGUUUUUUUUUCAACUUUUAGGGUUUCUAGGUUUUUUCACAGACUUUCAAGACAACUUUCAAGGCUGUAUUGGAUCUAUUUCAGCCUAAAAACUUCAUGGCAUUUUUUGAGAAGAGACUUGUAUAGUCUGUGUGCCACGACUUGAAAUUUCACGGAACGACAUUCCGCUGCGUGCGUUCGCGAAGCGUCUUUCGAAUCUAAGCCACGCUUUCAAAUGAUUUUUACUGCUGUGGGAGCACAUGAAAGUAGAGUACCUUAAUAAAAGAAAAAGAAAUUAAAAGCGUGACCGAAUUUCGCAAAGGCGCGCAGCGGUACACCGGAACGUCGUUUGGUGAAGUUUCAAGUCGUGCUAGACAGGCUAUAACACAUUUUUUUCGUCGAUGGAAAUCGGAAGAAAUUGAAGAAAAAUUGCUCCCAUUUUCAGGCCUUUCGCGGACAACAACUGAGCCAGAGUUCAUCAAGGCUUUCCAACGAGAAUACACGGUUGAGGAGGGUGGAAGAUUGGUCAUCGAGUGUGUUUUGGUUGGAAACCCGAAACCCAAAACUCGGUUCUUCUUCAACGACAAGUUGAUCACCGAAAAGACCGAGUUUUGCAAGGUCACUGUUUUUUCUCAAUUUUACAAGGAAAUUUUUUUGAUAACCUCUUCAAAAAAAUAAAAAAAUCUUUUUUUCUGGCGAAAAGGUGAAUUUACUAGUCUGAAAAAAAGCACUCUCACUGUUUCUUUUGGUAAAACGGAAAAGUUCCUUUGAGAACCUUUAGAAAUGGCUGGAAAGCUCUGAAAAUGAUUUUUAAAAAGUGGUGCUACGACAAGAGCGAGUUUUCCAUUUGCGAGCAGUACUGUAUGCGGCAAAGCGCAUUGCGUGCAUGCACUCUGCGUGUUUACACUUUUGUGGCGUGACGUCAUCGCGCCGUACAUCUGCGGGUUUUUUUGCUUGCGGGUUUUUCGGAUUUUUGAAUUUUUCCGGCUUAUUUAUUUUUUUCGAAACAAAAAGAAAAACUUUUUAUUGAUGAAAACUCUGUUUGUCAAGGGGGCAGCUUAGGAAAAAUGUUUCUUUAUAGAUAGCUAUUAGGUCAACUCCACAAAUAUAGAAAAAAAGAAGUGAGCUAAUAUUGAUAUUUCAAAGAGGAAAAAUAUCAAACAAUUGCAUCAUAACAAAUACCAGUAAUUGAAAUAAGUUAUAUCAAAAAAAUAAGAAAAAUAAGAAAAAUAACAAUUUUUUUACAGAACCAUCAUAUCAAACAAAAAGUCAUUUUCCCAGAAAAAUCUUAAAGAUAUUUUAAAUGUACAUUGAGAGACUUGAAGGGACUUGUCAGAAAUUUUACGAAAAUUGGUUUUUUGUACAAUGCCGGUGUUGAGGGUGGAGGAGCAGGGACAUAUUUUUCCGCCAAAACUUCCUUUGUGAUUUCUUGUUGCUUUAAAAUUGAGUCGAAAACAAUUUCGUUAACAUAAUCGUCACUUCCCAUCCUGAAUUUCAUUCAUAGCACCACUUUUUUUUCAUUUCAAAAUCUGAACGAGAGAAAAAAAUAUGAGAAGAAGAAGAACACGAAGAUUUUUUUGAGGACAAAAAGGAGCCUUCUUAUGAGGUAAAAAAAGAAGUUUUUCUUUUUUUGUUUCGAAAAAUAUUCGCACAAUCAAAAUCAAACCGGAAAAAUUCAAAAAAAUUCCGAAAAAAACAUUGAAAAACCCGCAAGCAAAAAAACCCGCAGAUGUACGGCGCGAUGACGUCACGCCACAAAAAGUGUAAACACGCAGAGUGCAUGCACGCAAUGCGCUUUGCCGCAUACAGUACUGCUCGGAAAUGGAAAACUCGCUAUUGUCGUAGCACCAAAAAGUAUUUUGAGCUCCUUUUUCAUUUCCUCUUAGAAUCCUUUUCGAAUCCCCUACAUAGAUGAACAAGUACAGAAUACCGGGAGGAGAGGUUGGCUUACAAAAAGAAAUAAAAUCAACUUUCAACCUUAGUGAGGUAUUUUCGGCCACAAUAAUACAAGUUUUAGCCUCAGGAAGGUGAUUUUGACUUUAAUUUAAGAAAACUUGGGAGAAGGGGUCGGUGCCCUUUAUAAAUGGUCUUCCCAUGUAUGAUCUCCGGGUUUCUUUUUAGAUGCUUUCCACUAAAUUUUUUUUUCUUUGAUUGAGGAUGGAAACGUGAAAUGAAAAAGAUCUAUUAAGGACCCUUCGAAGAUCUUUUUUUAAGGCUUUUGAAAACAAUUUUUGUUUUUGCCCGAGUAGGUGUUGUUCUCGAAGAGAGUCAAGAUGUAAGAAUUAUAAUUUUUCUUUUCUGAAAAUGCUUUGAUACUAAAAUGUUCUACUGAGUUUUUUCAAAGUAUGAAUAUCUCUUGGUUUCUAGUUUUUGAGCUUCUCUGAGCUCCUAGGAUUUUAUUUGUCUAAAACCAAUAUUUCUUUCAAUGGCUGACUGAAAAUAUUUUUCAAUGAUUUUCUACGGCAAGAAUGAUUUUGCAGAUUACCAACGUCAAUGAUACUUAUUUGGUAACCAUCCAACCGGCUCGAUUGGAGCAUGCCGGAUAUUACAAAGUGAUCGCUGAGGUUUGUUCGAAAAAACUGGAUCGUUUCAGAAAAUAGUUACAUGAGAUGACGGUUUCUCAGUCUGAUCGAAUAUGAAAUGUGACUUUUAUGGUAUUACUCUAGAGAUCUCAUGUUUUUCUGCUACUUUUAAAAGUUGGAUUUACCUGCAGAACAAGCGAGGAGUGACCGAAUCUCUGUCUGUCGUUCACGUUCGACCCAGAGCUCUCCAACAAUAUCAGGUCAAACGAGAGCCGAAGCCAAUCGUGCCGAGACCCAAACCCGCUGAACAUACUGUGGUUCGAAACAAAGAGAAACCGCUCUGAAUCAUUCCUUCCAAGGUCGAGGAAGAAUUCGCCAUGUUCGAGUAUGAACAACGACGGCCGCUGAAACACGAGAGCAGCAAGUUGACGACUCCGCCCCCGGCCAAGAAGCUCCAGCAGACUCAUCGCAGCGAUGAGGUGGUUUUCGAUAGGACCCUGGGUCUUGAGAACCGCCUUUUUUCCUAUAUCUGACAUAACUUCGUAAAAAUUGAAAAAAAAAAUUAUUCAUUUCAAUUGAAAUUUUUGUUGUCCUUGUCAUUUCCAAUGAGGCCCUAUUAGUAAAAUCGUGUCAAUCAUUUUCACAUCUUAGGAGCGCUAGAGUGGUCCCUAUGGGGACAAUCUUUGGAGGUUCCCCUCUAGGGACCACAUUAACUCUCCCUAUAAUGACACUAAAGCUUGCAAAAGUGGCCACUCUAGGGGAGCUUUUUGUCUUUUUUUGAAAGUUUUUUUUAUUGCAAUUCUGUGAAAAGAAGUGUUUCCAUGCGAACAACUCAAUAAACUAGCGUAAACAAGCGUUUUCGAAUGAAAAAAUUUUAACAUAUGACAAAUUGAUCAAAUUUGGCUUCUCCAUUUUCAUUCUGAACAAAAAAUUGAAAGAUCCCUAGAGGGACCACUUUGUUUUUAGAGGCUAAGGGAUCGGGCGCUGAACCCCUAUCAGUACUACCUAAAUUUUACCCCUCAAGGGGCCACAUUCCGGCCUCCGUAGGUGCUAUUCUUACCCCUAACCCCAAAGUGCCCACUCCAGAAACUCCAAGUAAUAGCGAUUUUUUUUUCUUAACAUCUUCCAUUUCAUUGACUGCUCUCAUUAGUAGAUCAGUUCCCACUUGAAAAAAAAUUCAAAUGUUCAUCUUUUACUGUUCAGGAACACUUGGAGCAGUAUGAUAUCGAAGGCAAAAAAUCAACUGGACAUCCGCCACACUUUACUCAGACCUUGACCUCGACGGUCGCUGCCAGCGGCGAAAAUUCGCGAUUUGAAGGCGUUGUGACAGGUUCUCCACCCUCUUUUUCGAGUUUCAUCAAAGAUGAGUUGAGGCUGGCCCGCCCCAACCGUUGAAUGGACGGUCGAUGGAAAGCCGAUCGAUUUGCCGGACGUUAAGAUCAGCAACAUCGGAGGAAGAGUUUCUCUGAACUUCACUAACUGUCAACUCGCCCACUCUGGGAAAUAUAUGUGCACGGCGAAAAAUGGCAGCGGCGUGGCCACGAGCAGCGCUCAGCUCGUCGUUCGACGUAAGAAUCCCAGAAAAAAUGCGAAAAUUUGACAAUCCGACUUAAUUUAUUAGAUUGAGGUCGUUAAAUCCCAACUUGCACAACUGGUAAGUUUUGGAGAGCGAACUCUUGACCAUUCACAAUAUAGCCUGUGUACCACGAUUUGGAAAUUCCCAAACGACAUUUCGCUGUGCCGCUGCGCGCCUUUAAUUUUUUUUUCUUUUGUUGAGGUACUUUAAUGUGCUCCUACAACAAUAACUAUCAAUUGAAAGCGUGACCUUGAUUUGAAAGACGCUUCGCGAACGCACGCAGCGGAACAGCGGAAUGUCGUUCCGUGAAAUUUCAAGUCGUGGCACACGGACUAUACAGAACGUACGAAUUUUCAAUUAACAUGACAUUGGGCUCAUUUUAGCGGGUUUUGAUCGAAAUAGAUGUUUUUUGCAAGUAUGAUUUGUCAUCAACCUUAUAGGGUAUGAUUCUCCUCUUCCAAUCCUGUCUUCUUAAUCAAAUACGAGUUUACAAACCCAACGCUCACUGAUCUAGGUGCCCUUGUCAGUAGGAACAAGUAUAAUAAGGCUGAACUUUUCAGCCAAGACAGUCGCGCCCGACUUCAUCCAACGGCUGAUCAGUGAGGAGGUCGAAGAAGGCACCCAACUCAAGUGGACUGUAAAAGUCACCGGAGAUCCGAUGCCCACUUUGACUUGGCUCCGUGAUGGCUAUGAGAUUCCCGACUGCGAGGAGAUCCGGUUAUUGGAUGUGGGGAUUGAAUUUUCAUUCGAACGUUUAGAAAAAAAAGACCGGAUUACUUCAAGUCAACUUUUUCUAAGUUCUCCAUGAGAGGUCUCGGAGCGAAAAGCCUUUUUCAAUGUUAUUCUAGUUGAUUCAAGGCUUUUGCGCCUUUGAGUACUUCAGAACGGAUUUUUGAACAAACUGUAGAUUCACUAAAUGGAUUUUUUAUUCAUAUUUUGAAAAAGACUCCAUUUGAUUUCUAGGAGGGCAAUGGCGUCUACUCAUUGCUCAUCUUACGGGUCGAAGCGGCUGACAGCGGACAAUUCACCUGCUUGGCUGAGAAUAUCGCUGGCGAGGUGAAAAAAAAAUCAAUUAAUGAUCCUUUUCAUUUAUAUUCGUUUUAUUUCAGGCCAGAAGUACUGCUGAUUUGGUGGUCCGACCAAGCGGUACCCAGCCAGGAAACUACUUCCACGUCACUAAAGUUACCCAAGAAAGACAGGUAAAUAAUGAACAGGUACUCUGAAUUUAUACGAUUUUUUUUCCAGGCGAAAGGAACUGAACCGGUGCGCACGAGUGCUUUCUCCAUUGAAAACCCACGACAGAGCGAAAUGCUUUAA